AGCGUCGACGUGUCGACUCCGAGAAGUACUCCUUUCAAUGCCAUGCUUCGCGACAUUCUUUUGACUAUUCAUUCUAUCCUGAAACUCAUUCUCACUCCUAUCAUCUUUCUGCUCUCUUUUCUUCGCCUGCAAUCAGUAGCAGGUUAUCCAAGGCGUUUACUUCUCAAGGCACUUGCAUCCGGACCAAUACCUCAACAUGUUGCCUUCGUGAUGGAUGGGAAUCGGCGAUAUGCCAGGAAAUUCAAUCAAAAAGUUCAACAAGGACAUGGAGAGGGCUAUCAAACAUUGAGGCGGGUUUUAGAAGUAUGCCUUCAUUUGAAUAUACAUUGUGUAUCCGUAUUCGCCUUUGCAAUCGACAAUUUCAAACGUCCGAAGGAGGAAGUUGAUGCACUUUUGAAUCUUGCUGUGGACAAAUUGGACGAACUCUGUCAACAUGAGGAUUUACUAACUCAGUAUAACGUUCGCCUGAAUGUUAUUGGUAGGAAGGAGCUAUUUCCUACAUUCGUGCAAGACGCAGUGAAGCGUGCCGAGGACCUGACGAGGAUGAAUAACGGGUCCAUUCUCAAUCUGUGUAUGCCAUACUCAUCUCGAGAUGAAAUUACAACAGCGGUUGAAUCCUGUGUACGAGAAGCUGUCACAGAGUUUACUUCAAAGGGAUUCUCUGGUUCUGAGGAAGCAUCACCCAUGAAUAUUACGCCAGAGAAGAUCACCUCCCGCCUCAUGACGACGCAAUGCGGUAGCCCUCCGCAGGUGGAUAUUCUCAUAAGGACCAGCGGAGUGACCCGUUUCAGCGAUUACAUGCUUUGGCAAUGUAAUGAAAACACUCAAGUUCACUUUGUUGACGCUUACUGGCCCGAAUUUGGACUGCUAGAUUUUGUCCCUAUAAUCCUCCAAUACCAACGUGCGGUCUGGAGUGGACGAAUCAUCCCGAAAAAACGACACGUUAAUGGUGGAACUUCGUGGAACGGUCGGCGAAGGGUAGAAUUGAAGACCAGGUAGAGGUGAGGUUGUAAUUUAUAGUGAUAAGUAUUUCGUAUACAUAUCUGUAAACUAGAGCGCGGAACUUAUACAAGGAGAAAAAGAUAUCGAUAUCGAUACAUGGGA